AUCACUCAAGCAUCAUUCAUGAACCAACUCUAAAACUGUGUUUAUUGACAACAACAACAACAUAAAAACAUUUGAAUAAUACAAUAAUCAAACGAAUCCGACCAAACAGUCUUUACUUCCAAAUUCCAAUCUGAAUCAUUUCAACGUGGAUAAUCAUAAACCCAACCUCACUCACUAAUCACUAUACUACACAAUCAUCAAAAAUCAUUUCAAUCUUAGAAACUUAACACAAUCCCAAAUACAGAAUUCAUAAACUCUUUCUUCUUCCAUUGCUUCUCUUUCACUUCACUCUUUCCAUUAACAAAUCUUCUCCUCACUUUCUCUCUCCUCAUCUUUUUGGCGCCAAAUGGACCCUACCAGAUUAAAAUCUCACCCUCCCAAAAUAUUUUUUAUUUUUUUUUUCUUCCUGUCAUAAAUAAAUACAACUAACUUACUUCUCUUCUUUCUCAAUCCUCUUCUUCAUUUCUUCAACACUUUCCUUCUACUAAUUUUCUUUCUAUAUCUAAACUAACUGAACUCAAAGCACCGUACUGUACUUACCGUACUUAAAAACCCAAAAACGGUGUCGUACAGAUAUAUAUCAAAUGCUUGUUACUAUUUUCUUCAUCUUUCUGUUCUGUUUCCAUCCCGUCGUUUCUCUCACCUCCGACGGCCUCGCUCUUCUAACACUCAAAUCCGCCGUCGACGGAGACGCCGAAGCCGCAUUCACUGAUUGGAACGAAGACGACAAUACGCCGUGUCAUUGGUCCGGCAUUAGCUGUGCUAACAUCUCCGGCGAGUCAGACUCUCGUGUCGUAGGUAUUGCUCUCGCCGGAAAAGGCCUCCGUGGUUAUCUCCCGUCGGAGCUCGGAAAAUUAAUCUAUCUCCGUCGUCUCAGUCUUCAUACUAAUCUCUUCCACGGUUCCAUUCCCGUUCAGCUCUUCAAUGCCACCUCUCUCCACAGUAUCUUCCUCCACGGUAACAACCUCUCCGGUAACAUUUCUCCGUCAAUUUGCAACCUUCCACGCCUACAAAACGUUGACCUCUCUGAAAAUUCACUCGCCGGAGUUAUCCCGGAGUCUCUCGGAAACUGUUCCCAGCUUCAACGACUCAUUCUCGCGAGAAAUAAUUUUUCCGGUGAUAUUCCGGUGACUCCAUGGCCGAAGCUGAAAAACCUCGUUCAGCUCGACCUUUCCGAUAAUCUUCUAAAAGGUUCGAUUCCAGACCAAAUCGGCGAUCUCAAUUCCCUCACCGGAACCCUAAAUCUCUCAUUCAAUCACCUAUCAGGUAAAGUCCCGAAAUCUCUAGGAAAAUUGCCGGUAACGGUUAGCUUCGAUCUUCGAAACAACGAUCUAAGCGGCGAAAUUCCUCAAACCGGGUCGUUUUCAAAUCAGGGACCUACCGCUUUUCUCAAUAACCCGAAAUUAUGUGGGUUUCCUCUUCAAAAACAGUGCACCGGUUCAGCACCAAGUGAACCGGGAACUAGUCCCGGUUUAGCUCGACCGCAUGUAAACCGGUCUAAGAAAGGGUUGAGUCCCGGUUUAAUUAUUAUUAUAACUGUGGCUGAUGCUGCUGUUGUGGCUUUGAUUGGGCUUGUUGUUGUGUAUGUGUAUUGGAAGAAGAAAGAUAAGUCUAAUGGGUGUAGUUGUACUUUGAAGAGGAAAUUUGGUGGUAGUGGAAACAAUGAGAGAUCAAAUUUGUGUUGUUUUUGUUGGUCAUUAGGGUGUGUGAAAGGGUUUAAGAGUGAUGAUUCUGAGAUGGAAGAGAGUGAGAAAGGAGGAGGAGGAGGUGGUGGUGCUGGUGGUGGUGGGAGAGGGGAAAGUGAAGGUGAAGGUGAAUUGGUGGCAAUUGAUAAAGGUUUUAGCUUUGAACUUGAUGAGUUGUUAAGAGCUUCUGCAUAUGUGUUAGGGAAAAGUGGGUUAGGGAUUGUGUAUAAGGUUGUGCUUGGGAAUGGUGUACCUGUUGCUGUGAGGAGAUUAGGGGAAGGUGGUGAACAAAGGUAUAAGGAAUUUGCUGCUGAAGUUCAAGCAAUUGGGAAAGUGAAACAUCCUAAUAUUGUUAAGUUAAGAGCUUAUUAUUGGGCUCAUGAUGAAAAGCUUUUGAUUAGUGAUUUCAUCUCCAAUGGCAAUUUGGCUAAUGCUCUUAGAGGAAGAAAUGGCCAACCAUCUCCUAAUCUUUCAUGGUCAACCAGGCUGAAAAUAGCCAAAGGAACAGCCAGGGGUUUAGCUUAUCUCCAUGAAUGCAGUCCGAGAAAAUUUGUUCACGGCGACCUCAAACCUUCCAAUAUCCUCCUUGACACAGACUUCCAACCUCUCAUUUCUGAUUUUGGUCUUAACCGGCUGAUCAGUAUCACCGGAAAUAAUCCCUCCACCGGUGGUUUUAUGGGUGGAGCUCUUCCUUACUUGAAAUCAUCACAAACCGAACGAAUCAACAACUAUAAAGCACCUGAAGCUAAAGUACCAGGCUGCAGACCUACCCAAAAAUGGGAUGUGUAUUCAUUUGGUGUUGUAUUACUUGAAUUGCUCACUGGUAAGUCCCCGGAUUCUUCUCCAGGAGCAUCAACUUCUAUGGAAGUGCCUGAUUUGGUAAGGUGGGUAAAGAAAGGGUUUGAACAAGAAAGCCCUUUAUCUGAAAUGGUUGAUCCAUCACUUCUUCAAGAAAUCCAUGCUAAGAAAGAAGUACUAGCUGUGUUCCAUGUAGCACUAUCAUGCACUGAGGGAGACCCUGAGGUCAGGCCUAGAAUGAAAACUGUCUCUGACAAUCUUGAAAGAAUUUGAACAUAAUAUUCUGAUGUUUAUCAGCUGAAAGUAGUGAACAUGAGACUGGAAAGCGACUCGCGCUUCAGUCCCAUGGUGCAUUGUUGCUGUAGCAUUUAGAAGAAUUUUUCUCGUGGGGGCAUCAAGAUGGGGCUGCAAUUGCAAAUAGACUUUCUUUCCUAUCUGGGUUUUGUCCCAUUAGCUUCUGUUUUGAAAUCAGAGCAAUUUUUUGACAGAGGUCAUCAUCACAGGUCUCCUCUUAUCUUCCAAAGAUCAAGAAAUUUAAUAAGUUAUGUUUAAAUUUUGUUGUGGUCUCAUUCUUUAUAGAAUCUGAUUACUAUAGUUUCACAUUAGCUAGGGUUAUUAAUUGUAAAAUUCAUAUGUAAUAUGUUGUAUAAGAUUUUUCUUGAGUCUCCCUUAUGAGUGACAACUAGGUUUUACAUAUUUUUCUUCUCUAAUUGAUGUUAUAGUGUUUAAAGAUUUAAUUCUAUUA